CACACAACAAAACACUCAUCUUAGCGUGUGAUCAGUAUAAAGCGUUAACAGCCACACUGCAUUACUGCAUUGCACAAAAGUGCGAUUGUUAUCUCCCGAAACCAUAAUCGAUUUUGCUGUCUGAUUAAACUUAGACGUCAAACUCCACAUGUUUUUCUUUUUGAUUAAUCGGCUGUGCUGAGUGUGCAGUUUUUAAUAAAUUUGAACAAAUUAUUCAGUAUGUCUCAUGUGGUCCUCAAUCAUCACAAUAUAUAUAGUGCAUAGAUUUACACAUCUAGAUGUUUUCGUCAUCAUAUCACAUGGAACUCUUUAAUAAACAGAUAAGCAUCUAGUUAUUUCCCUGACGCAUCUCUCAUAUGUCUGCGGAAAGCAAGGAUCAAACAAAAAACAGCGACGUUCAAUUAAUCAUGACGAUGAACAAUACACAUCAUCAGUUUAUCUAUUACGUCAUCGACACGUUACCUACAUUUGCUAAUUUGUAAUCUAUGAAUUCCAGUCUGAAUGAAAUCACAGUCCAUUGGUUAACAUUUAUGUUGAUGCAUAAUGUGUAAUGUGUGUGUGUGUAUGUGUGACAAACACACCUUCACAUUCCUCCAUGAUAAUGUAAAUCUUUGUAAUUUUCAAUAAUACACUGAGCACAAACAAUCAGCCGAAGUGAGUGUGUGUUUGAUUGGAUGCUUACAACUACCUACAUUGUACUCCUAAAAAUAUCUGAAGUGAUGCAUUAAAAGUGCUUUCAUUUUCACCUGAAGAAGACAAGUGAUGAUUAUUGUCUAGAAAAUUGUACAACUACUUUUAGAAGAACAAAAGCUAUCUACGAUUAUUUAUUUGAAACCAAACUCUGACAAAAUCAAAUGGACAGGAGAGCAUUGAUUCAAAAAUUUCAUCAAAUGGAUAAAAAUGGUGACGGUUAUUUAACAGCUGAAGAAAUUCGCAUGUGUGUUAAACGUUCUGGUUUGCCAGAGAAGAAAGUCAAUGAGUUUUUACGGCUAUUUGAUCUGAGUGGUGAUAAUGUUGUCACACUACAAGAAUAUAUUUGUGCACUUGGUUUACAACCUCCACCCCCAAAAGAUCUACAGCAAUGGAAAAUGGCAUUUGACUCAGUGGAUAAAGAUAAAUCAGGACAUUUGUCGGCUAAAGAAAUUCGUGGUCUAUUACUUGACUGUGGUUAUACGCGGUGUACUGAAGCAGAUAUAGAUAGAUGGAUUGAAACAGUCGAUAAGAAUGAGGAUGGAGAAAUUUCCUUCGAAGAAUUUGCAGCUUUUCUGGAAAGUAGAAUUGAACAAUCAUAAUGCGCAGUUGUUUCUCUUUCCAACAGCAUUGUCACUGCCAACUAUAAUAACUUUCAAAAACCACAAAAAGAGGUUUUAAUUUAAAAAAAAAAACGUUUUCCACAGGAAAGUUAAAAGCUGUGUGAUAUUCUGUGCAAUUUCUAUGUCAAGAUAAAAUUAUUUCUUAACCGUGUAUUUAAAGAUCUCUAACGAUUAUUUGAAAUUUUGACGAAUAACAAAUAAAACACAAGAU